UGGGGAUCUGCCUCUGGCGGCUCGAUUUCGUUUGGUUCCAGAGCAGGAUCGACAAAAGGCACUAUUUGGAAUGCAUGGCUCUCCAAUAUGCCACAGGUCCUUCUAUCGCUGUGCUAUCUCAACCUUAACACUAUCUGCACUUCGAUGGCAAGUGCAGUUGAGUGGAACAGCUUGGCAACCUCCAGAAAGGGCCUUCGAGUCACGAAACCGCACGGCGAACAACGCAGCACCUACUUCCUACAACUUCCUUACAGAUUUGCAACUCCACUCAUCGUCGCUAGCGGUGGGCUGCAUUGGCUUUUAUCGCAGACCUUCUUUCUAUCUCGUAUCGACUAUCUCAGUCGCGAUGGAAGGCUAGAUCGGUGGACGUCCGCCUGCGGCAUCUCGUUCUCGAGCCUCAUCACUUUCUGUGUUGCCUGUACGAUCCUGGUCAUCGUAGUCCGAUGGGUCGGGCGACGACGCAUGGUACCCAACCUUCCAUUGGCAGAGAACUGCAGUCUCAUGAUCAGUGCGGCAUGCCAUCCGGCUCCAGAUGAAGUAGAUCCGCACCUAGCGAAGGUGAGAUGGGGGGUUCUUGAGAGUACUGGAUAUUGCUCAUUGUCAUCGAAGCAUGUCGAACGUGCAGAAACAGGGAAAGUUUAG